GAUUAGCUUUGAUUGAGGUCAGAUGUUGGGCGCAUUCAACUUUACAGCCUUGUCAACGCACUGAUUCAACAUGCGCUACCUACCGGUAGCUAGCUAAAGCUACUACGUGCUAGCUACUUUUCAUCAUUGAUGGCUAAGUCAGUGGUUAUCAGUCCUUGACAACUGUCUGCUUCCAAAAAUAGAUCCUUAAAGUAAAGUGCCUUGCUGUCAUAACCACUUUGCUUGCUAACCUCCCAGAUAGCCAAACUAGAAAACCAUUGGCAUUGCACUUCAACAAACAAGCUAGCUACCAACUAGCUAACAUGGCAGUUUCUGGCUACCUGACCCCCAUGUUCAUUGUCAACGUGCACAUUGGUUACUAGUUAGAUUUGUUUUCAACCAGUAAGCUUUCUUCAAUAUUGGUGCAUGUCACUAGUCGUGUCUGCCUUGUACAUUUUGUUACGGUUGGUUUGAUCAUAGACCCUGGCCUGAUCUGCGGAGGGUCGCCCUCCCAGUUAGACCAGCGAGCUACACUACUUGGCAAAAAGUAUGUGGACACCCCUUCAAAUGAGUGGAUAUAUCAGACACACCCGUUGCUAAAGUGUGUAUAAAAUCGAGCACACCACCAUUAAUCUCCAUAGACAAACAUUGGCAGUAGAAUUGCCCGACUUUCAACAUGGCACCGUCAUAGGAUGCCACCUUUCCAACAAGUCAGUCAGUUCGUCAAAUUCCUGCCCUGCUAGAGCUGUUAUUGUGAAGUGGAAACGUCUAGGACAGGGCUGCCCAACCCUCUUCCUGGAGAUCUACGGUCCUGUGGGAUUUCAGUCCAACCGUAAUUUAACACACCUGAUUCUACUAAUUAGUUGCUCAACAAGACCUUAACUAACUGAAUCAGAUAUGCUAAAUUAGGGUUGGACUGGAAACCACAGGACAGUAGAUCUCCAGGAAGAGGGUUGGGCAGUCAUGGUCUAGGAGCACAAUAACGGGUUUCCCGGGGACACAUGCUGGAGAGAAUACAAGACGUCAGCUAAUCAUACCAUCAUGAAUAACAUCAAGUCGGCGUCUCGGAGAGGAGUGAAGAAGCCUGGGAGGGGAGUAGGCACUGCUUCAACCAACGUAACACAAGAUAGGAUGGGUGACGGUGUGCAGAAUGAGACCGUUUUCUACUCCAAGGCUGAAAACUACUGGAGAGAAGUGGCGCCCACUGUGGAUGGCAUGCUAGGAGGCUACGGCAAGAUCUCUAACAUUGACAUUGACGGCUCCAAGAAGUUCCUGCAGAAAUUCCUUGGCCAGGGUGAAGGGAAGACCGGCAAUGGCUGCGCCCUGGACUGUGGUGCCGGAAUAGGGCGCAUCACCAAGCGACUGCUGCUGCCCCUCUUCAACACUGUGGACUUGGUGGACGUGACUCAGGAGUUCCUGGACCAGGCUAAGGUCUACCUGGGCGACGACAGCAAACGGGUGGAGAACUAUUUCUGCCUCGGCCUGCAGGACUUUAUCCCACAGGACAGACGCUACGACGUCAUCUGGAUCCAGUGGGUCAUUGGCCACCUGACUGACGACCACCUGGUGGAGUUCCUGCACCGUUGCCGCGGCGGCCUCCGCCCUGAGGGACUAAUUGUCAUCAAGGACAACGUGGCCUAUGAGGGCGUGAUCCCCGACGAUGUCGACAGCAGUGUGUGCCGGGAACUGGCUCUGGUGAAGAGCCUGGUGACCCGGGCAGGCCUCACUAUCGUCUGUGAAGAGCAACAGAUGAACUUUCCUGACGAGAUCUACCAGGUCCACCAGCUGGCCCUCCGAUAGGGACAGAGAUGGAGACGGACGGGAGUAGAGGUGUGGAGGAUGGUUGCCAAUGCCAAAAUGCUGCUGCCCAUGCUCAAGCCAUGGGACCUUCAUGACAAGCCUCCUGUCCACUGAAAGUUGGACAGUCCAGCUUAGUGUGUAGGCGUGUUUGUCUAAUGGCGUAUAUAUGACCCACUCUGUGUGAAUACAUCAGGUAGAGGUUUUAUGAAUCGGCAGUGUAAUUUACUAAAGGAUAAUUGUGACUGAUUCUGGGAUCACCCUUAGGAAUUAUGGAUGUACUGUAUGGGGGCAGAUCAGGUAAGGCUCAGAAAUGCAAAUGCCACUGAGUCAAUUCUUUACUGGAGGACAUGAGUUACAGCACUUGAGUUCACAUAGGACAGGGAGCAAUUCUUUUCAGGGCCAUGUUCCAUAGGGCACACAGUUUUGCAAUGGAAACUACACAAAAACGUAUUUGGUCAAGUUCACGUACCUUAUUGUAAAUGACCCAGGUUCUCACUUUUGCCUAACGCACAAUUCAUUCAUGUCACUGAAUGCUCAGAGUAUCUGGUCACAUCUGUUUCCCCAAGUCGGAAUUAGAUCGAGCAACAAAUCAGAAACAGAGUUUCCCAUCACUGGCAUAUAUUCCUCCACAUACCUGUUUAUGUAAUUUAUUCACAGUACCAAGAAUACAUAGAUUGGCUGUUUGUAAGAUGUGGCAAAUACUGAUGAAAUUUAAGUACUGUAUCUUUCCCAUGAGUGUUUGAAUGUCAAAUUAAACAACUUUUCAGGGAAUCUCA